CAGGUGCGGCAGGACGCGUCCUGCUUCCUGCGGCUGUGCCGGCACCUGGGCUGUGCGCCCAACAUCUGGGCCCUGCACGAGUGGAGCAACUGGCUGACACCCGUGGGCAGGGCCGGCCGCGGCGGCCGCCGCUAUGACACGGCUUUCUACCUGUGCUGCCUGGAGGAGCGGCCGCCCCACGUCUCACAGGACGACCAGGAGGUGACAGCUGUGCUGUGGUCAUCGCCUCCAGAAGCCAUUGAACGCUUUAAGUCUCAAGAGAUCUGGUUUCCUCCACCUCAGUUUUAUGAAUUCUGCAGGCUGUGCAACUUCUCUUCCCUCGGGGAGCUCCAGAAGUUCAGCUCCGCGCGCGCUCUCGAGGGCUGUGAGCGCUGGAUGCCGGUGAUGCUGAGUGCUGCAGAUGGAUUCAUCCAGCUGCUGCCGGGAGAUGAGUUAUAUCCAGAAGAUCCAGAUUAUACUGGAGAAAAGAAAAUUACUUUGUCAACAGAUAAGAAGGUUGAAGAUCUCAUGAAAGAAGGUGGCACAUUUCACAGGAUAGUAAUAAAAAACAUCAACAAUCUUGCUGUCUAUGUUAAUAUUCAAGCAAAAUAUAAGCAUAUAAAUCCACUGAUGAUGAAGUGUGACAAUUCAGAUUACAAUAGCAGAUUAUAAUAUGUCUUUGGUUUAAAUCUAGAAUAUUUUUAAUUGCAUAUAUGCUCACUGUGGUUUUGGUGCUUUUUAACUGUUGCCAAAUAGUCACGAGAAUGUUCCUCCGUCCUGCCAAAGCAUUAUAUAUGUGUGUGUGAUGUCACAUUUAUGUGUAUCUGAUCUCUUGAGUCUUUAAAAACAGCAGUUAUGCCGCUGUUGGGUCACAAAGGUCCUCUUCUCACUGAAAAUUUAAGUAUGUAUUAUGUUCAGAACAAGCAGAGAAGAGCUGAAGGAUUCUUUUGCUGUGUUUCCCAAAGUUACCCACUAGAUAACUGCAGUGUGUGUCUAGAAAUGAAUGAAAUCUCCCAUUCCAUAUUUGUUGACAAUUCCCACUCUGUUCUUUCUUUCAUUCUGGGGAAAAGCAAUGUAUAUAUAGAUAUAUAUAUAUAAGUUAACUAAAAUGAACUUUUAAAAAGAAUAUUAUAAAGUUAAUUAUUAUAUUUUAUAUACUUAAAUUCUUUCUACUAAUGGUAACAUUCAUUCAAAACUACGAUUUUCAAAGGUAGACCUAAUUUAAAUGAAGUCAUCUAUGGAAUUGAGUGCAUUCUUUUUAUCAAUAUAUUUUUUUAUCUUCAAGUUGAAAGCAAUUUAAAAAAAUUAAAAAGUAUAAUUUUUAGCUCCUAAAAAAUAACAACUUAAGGAAAUAAUAUCCUCCUUGAACUACCCACUUCCAUAUUCUAACAUCCCACUUUUUGCUUCUUCACUAUUUUACUAAUAUAACUGAGAUUUAAGAACUUCAGAGGAAAACUUGCUGCUUAACUUUUGGUUUGGAUUUUUGUUUUGUUGGAUUUGUGCUUUAUGCAGUAAGUGGAGUCAAUAGAGCAGUUUUAUAAAUUCUUUAUGUGGGAGGAGAAUGAAUGAUGACUUCAGGUUAGUCAGUAAAGUUGUUCAGAAAGCUUUGUUACAGCUUUUGUUCUGUGUUUCAAUAAAAACCUUUUGCAACAAUUACA